AAGUUUGCUGCCGUGCUUGUGCCGCUCUUUGAGGACCCGGCCAGCGGGGAGGUGCAUGUGGUCCUCAAUCAACGCAGCAGCAAGCUCAACACACACAGCGGCGAGGUGUGUUUCCCCGGCGGCAAGCGCGACCCAGCAGAUGCUGAUGACAUCGCCACGGCGCUGCGGGAGGCACAGGAGGAGCUCAGCCUGGACCCUGCUGCCGUGCGGGUGGUGGCCUGCCUGCCGCCAUUCCUGUCCAAGCACCUGCUGUCGGUGACGCCUGUGGUGGGAGUCAUCCCGCCGCACCUGAGGUUCAGCCCCAAUCCCAGCGAGGCAAGAGGAGAAGAAACGGUGUUCACGGUGCCGCUGCGGCGCUUCCUGGAGGCGGGGCCCGGCUACUCCAGCAAGGAUGUGGAGUGGCAGCCGGGAGUGCCAUACAGGUUGCAUUACUUUGAUUAUGUGCACCGCGGCACCAGCUACUGCAUCUGGGGCCUCACAGCUGGCAUGCUGAUCGUCAUUGCUGAGAUUGCCUUCGGCCGGACACCAGAUUUCCAGCCCAACCCGCCCAAC